CAAACACUGAGGGCCCGUUGAACAUCAAAAAGCGGCAACUGCGAGAGCUGCUUGGGUUGUAUAACAGUAAGACACAGGACUUUGCGAUCGUCGUCUGCCGUUUUUCUUGUUACUUUCUCCGUCGUUCUCUUCACUCUCUUCCGCUACAUUGAGCACUGAGAAGAAGAGAGAGAAGACCAUAAUCUCACUUUUGCUUGAACUUCAACACACUUAUCUCCGCGUUUCAUGGACUCUAUCUCUCGUGCUGCGAUCGCCGGUCCCAAGUUCACUUCUCUGCCUCGCUCCACAGCCUACCUUCACUCCUAUCGCUCCCAUGGCUUAUUCUUCCACAGUCCUCGCGUUUCCAGGCCGAAUUUCUCUAGAAUCGCCAACCGAAGUGGCGUCUUUGCGCAGAUUAGGAAAGAUACUCCCGCUAUUGAUUUCAGCGAUCCUGAUUGGAAAGUCAAGUACCAGAAGGAUUUUGAACGGAGAUUUAAUAUCCCUCAUAUCACUGAUCUAUUUCCUGAAGCUGAGCCCAUUCCCUCUACUUUCUGUCUCAAGAUGAGGACUCCGGUGUUGGAGGAUUUUGCGGGUGGUUAUCCAUCUGACGAGGAGUGGCAUGGCUACAUUAAUAAUAAUGACAGAGUGCUUUUGAAGGUCAUUCGUUACUCCUCUCCAACAUCUGCUGGAGCUGAGUGCAUUGAUCCUGGUUGUACUUGGGCUGAACAAUGGGUUCAUCGUGCUGGCCCUCGGGAGAAAAUAUACUUCAAACCAGAAGAAGUAAAGGCAGCAAUUGUAACUUGUGGUGGGUUAUGCCCCGGUCUUAAUGAUGUCAUCAGACAGAUUGUCAUCACACUUGAAAUAUAUGGUGUCAAAAAGAUAGUGGGAAUUCCUUUUGGUUAUCGAGGAUUUUCUGACAAUGACUUGAGUGAAAUGCCGCUAUCAAGGAAAGUGGUUCAAAAUGUUCAUCUUUCUGGUGGAAGCUUGUUAGGUGUUUCACGUGGAGGGCCUAGUGUUAGUGACAUGGUGGAUAGUAUGGAGGAAAGAGGAAUCAACAUGCUUUUUGUGUUAGGUGGGAAUGGUACGCAUGCUGGAGCUAAUGCGAUACACAAUGAGUGCUGUAAACGAAGGUUGAGAGUGGCUGUGGUUGGCGUUCCAAAAACUAUAGACAAUGAUAUUUUGCUGAUGGACAAAACGUUUGGUUUCGACACUGCUGUUGAAGAGGCUCAACGAGCUAUAAAUUCAGCAUACAUUGAGGCACAUAGUGCUUAUCAUGGUAUUGGAGUUGUGAAAUUGAUGGGUCGUAGCAGUGGAUUUAUAGCCAUGCAUGCUGCCCUAGCUAGUGGACAAGUUGACAUAUGUUUGAUUCCAGAGGUACCAUUUCAUUUGCAUGGGCCUCAUGGUGUUUUGAGGCAUUUGAAGUACCUAAUUGAGACAAAGGGAUCAGCUGUGGUUUGUGUAGCGGAGGGAGCUGGACAGAAUUUUCUUGAGAAAACUAAUGCUACUGAUGCAUCUGGAAACAUUGUAUUUGGAGAUAUUGGGGUACACAUUCAACAAGAGACAAAAAAGUAUUUUAAGGAGAUUGGCAUUCAUUCUGAUGUGAAGUAUAUUGAUCCUACGUACAUGAUCCGUGCAUGUCGUGCAAAUGCAUCAGAUGGAAUCUUGUGUGCUGUGCUUGGACAAAAUGCUGUCCACGGUGCAUUUGCUGGAUAUAGCGGAAUUACAGUAGGCAUAUGCAACACUCACUAUGUCUACUUUCCCAUUCCUGAAGUUAUUUCUUAUCCCAGGGCAGUAGAUCCCAACAGCCGCAUGUGGCAUCGUUGCUUGACUUCAACAGGCCAGCCGGACUUCAUCUAAUUGUUUACACUAAUUUAUGCAAAAGAACCAAGAAAUCUAAGUUUUAAAGAAGUUCCAUUAAAGGACAAAGUACCAGCUUUAGAGGAUUAGCAGUUAGAGACUGUUCAUUGCCGUAGGCUGUUGAAAUAAUAGAGAGGAUGGGAUGUCCUCCAGCUGAGAAAAAUUUAUUCAUUGUAUAGUAUUUCUACUCAAGUUAAUAAAAUGUUAUAGGAAUAAGCCAAGCGAUUUGUGCUUGAUUUUUGAACUCUGAUUGCAAGUGUAUGUAUACACAAUAAUUUUUGGCAGUUCAUUGCAAAGUGAAGGAGAACCCCCAUAUUGUC